GGCAAGUUCCAUGCUCACAGUGGUAUUAUUGGUGUCACUCAACCACGUCGAGUGGCUGUUCUUGCCACAGCAAAGCGUGUGGCAUAUGAGCUUGGUGUUCGGCUAGGAAAGGAAGUUGGCUUUCAAGUUAGAUACGAUAAGAAAAUUGGAGAAAAUUGUUCUAUCAAGUUUAUGACUGAUGGAAUUUUGCUGCGAUAAGUUCAGAAUGAUAUUUUAUUGAGGCGUUAUUCUGUCCUAAUUCUUGAUGAGGCUCAUGAAAGGAGCUUGAACACAGACAUUCUGAUAGGGAUGCUGUCGCGUGUGAUCAGAACUCGCCAAAAGAUUUAUGAUGAACAACAGAAGAUGGUCCUUUCAGGAGAAAGUAUAAGUCUUGAUAAAAUGGUUUUUCCAUUAAAACUUGUGCUGAUGAGUGCCACAUUGCGAGUGCAAGACUUCACAUCUGGAAGGUUAUUCCACAGUCCUCCACCUGUGAUAGAAGUUCCAACGAGGAAAUUUCCAGUUACAGUGUAUUUUGCAAAGAAAACCGAGAUAACAGAUUAUGUUGGUGCUGCAUAUAAGAAGAUCUUGGCAAUUCACAAGAAGUUGCCAUCUGGGGGCAUACUUGUCUUUGUCACUGGACAAAGGGAAGUAGAGGACUUGUGCAGGAAGCUACGCAAAGCUUCAAAGGAGUUUAUCAUGAAAAAAGUUAAAGGAUCUGUGGAAAAUGAUAGCAAUGUGGUGAAUGAAACAAGUUCUGUUGAGGGAAUAAAUAUUAAUGAGAUUAAUGAAGCAUUUGAGAUGCCUGGAAGUUCAUCCAUGCAACAAACUGAUAGGUUCAGUGGUUAUGAUGAAGAUGACAAUAAUUUUGAUGAGAAUGAAUCUGAUUCUUAUGAUUCAGAAACAGAGAGUGAAUUGGAAUUCAAUGAUGAUGAUAAAAAUAAUCACGAAGGUUCAAAAAACAAUAACAAUAUUGUGGAUGUAUUAGGAAAUGAAGGAAGUCUUGCUUCAUUGAAGGCUGCUUUUGAAAACUUGUCUGGGCAAGCAACAUUAAGUUCCUCAAAUGUGAAUACAGAAGACAGUUUAGACCAAUCAAAAGUUGGCAGGGAGAAAAUAGCUAGAGAAAAUCAUGAUUCCUCUCCAGGUGCACUCUUUGUUCUACCCCUUUAUGCUAUGCUGCCUGCUGCAGCUCAACUUCGUGUAUUUGAUGGAGUCAAGGAGGGAGAAAGACUUGUUGUUGUUGCUACAAAUGUUGCAGAAACAUCUUUAACAAUUCCAGGGAUUAAGUAUGUGGUUGAUACUGGAAGGGAAAAGGUGAAGAAUUAUGAUUCCUCUAAUGGCAUGGAGACAUAUGAAGUGAAAUGGAUAAGUAAGGCAUCUGCUGCUCAACGUGCAGGCAGAGCUGGAAGAACUGCUGCGGGACACUGUUAUCGUCUCUAUUCUUCUGCAGCUUUUAGUAAUGAGUUUCCUGAGUUCUCUCCUGCUGAAGUUGAAAAAGUACCUGUUCAUGGUGUUGUCCUUCUCUUGAAAUCCAUGCAAAUUAAGAAGGUUGCAAACUUCCCGUUUCCUACUUCUCUUAAGGCUGCUUCCCUGCUUGAAGCUGAGAAUUGCUUGAGAGCUCUUGAAGCACUUGAUAGCAAGGAUGAGCUCACACUUUUGGGAAAAGCCAUGGCACUUUAUCCUUUGAGUCCUCGUCAUUCUAGAAUGAUCCUUACUGUUAUAAAAAAUACAAGGUACAAGCAUAUUCGUAACUCAAGUCUGCUUUUGGCAUAUGCUGUUGCAGCUGCUGCUGCUUUGAGUUUGCCAAAUCCUUUUGUAAUGCAAUAUGAAGGAAAUGAUAGCAACAAAGAUUCAGAAACGUCCGAGAAAUCUAGAAUGGGAGACAAUGAGAACAAUAUUGAUAAAACAGAAAAGACGAAGAGAAAGAAACUAAAACAGACCUCUAAAGUUGCUCGUGAAAAGUUUCGAAUUGUCAGUAGUGAUGCGCUAGCCAUAGCAUAUGCCUUGCAAUGUUUUGAACAUUCACAGAAUUCAGUACAAUUUUGUGAAGACAAUGCAUUGCAUUUCAAAACCAUGGAUGAAAUGUCCAAACUUAGACAGCAACUACUAAGACUGGUCUUUUUUCAGAAUGAUAAAGGUGGUUUAGAACAAGAGUACUCAUGGACUCAUGUAACUCUAGAGGAUGUGGAACAUGUUUGGCGAGUUUCUUCUGCGCACUAUCCUCUCCCUCUGGUUGAGGAAAGGCUCAUUUGUCGAGCAAUAUGUGCUGGCUGGGCAGAUAGGGUGGCCAAACGUAUUCCAAUUUCUAAGGCCGUUGAUGGAGAGACAAUUUCCCGUGCCGGUAGGUAUCAGUCAUGCAUGGUUGAUGAAAGUAUUUUCAUUCAUCGUUGGUCAUCAGUUUCUACUGUACACCCCGAGUUUCUGGUUUACAAUGAACUAUUAGAGACAAAAAGACCAAACAAGGAAGGGGAGACGAGUGCAAAGAGAGCAUACAUGCAUGGAGUAACGAAUGUGGACCCAACAUGGCUAGUUGAGAAUGCAAAGUCUUCAUGCAUCUUCUCUCCGCCCCUGACAGAUCCCAGACCAUUUUAUGAUGCACAGGCCGACCAAGUAAAAUGUUGGGUCAUCCCAACUUUUGGGCGCUUCUGUUGGGAGCUUCCUAAGCAUUCAAUACCCAUUAGUAAUGUCGAGCAUCGAGUGCAGGUGUUUGCAUAUGCUUUACUUGAAGGUCAGGUGUGUACAUGUUUGAAAUCAGUUCGAAAAUACAUGUCAGCCCCUCCUGAAACUAUUUUGAGGAGAGAAGCUCUUGGUCAAAAAAGGGUAGGAAAUCUUAUAAGCAAGUUAAAUAGCAGGUUGAUUGAUAGCUCUGCCAUGUUGAGAAUAGUGUGGAAGCAGAAUCCAAGAGAGUUAUUUUCAGAAAUUUUGGAUUGGUUUCAACAGGGUUUUCGCAAGCACUUUGAAGAGCUAUGGUUACAAAUGCUUGGCGAGGUGCUACAGGAGACCCAAGAACAACCUCUGCAUAAAAGUUUAAAAAGAAAGUCAAAAGUAAAAUCUAAAUUGCGGCGAUGAUUGCUCGACAGUUAAGGUAAAAUUGCAUGUGUAACUCCUACGUUUAGCUGUUUUCAUAGUUGAAGGCCAUCCCUAGAUUAGUUUCGAGAGCUUAUUAUUCAGAACAAUUUUAUGCUUCUUCAAAGUCCUUUUAAAGUUUUAGAAGUUAUAUGAGAGAGCUUGUAAAAAGCUGAGAUACAGAAGCUAUUUUAACUUACACUAGAAUUGUCUAAAUUUUGUUUACUUAUUGCAA